AUGUCAAAUGUUGUUAGAAAUGAAAAGACAUCAACCAGUGCUCUCAAGAAGGUUAGAAUCAGAAGACAGCUAGUUAUUCCAAACCUGUUGAAGAAUUAUUUUGUGCUAAGUGUUAAUUCAUCAUCUGCACAACCUGCCACACAUCAACAUGAUGACACAUGUAAGCCAAGUUUAAAUGAUGGCCAAUUUUCAGUGUACAGAGUUUGUGGAGAUGAAAAUAUAGAGAGUGGUGCUUUUGUUGGAUCAGAUCCGUCAAAGAGAGCAUCUGUUCUUGCAAAGAGAGCUGAUGUGAAGGAAAAUGUCAAACGUAAAGCAGCUGUCAAGAAACAUUCUGCUUGUUCUUCAUCAUUGGAAUUUAUUAAUACAGCAUGCUCACCUGAUUGCUUGUCUUUCAAUAAUUCAAAGAUUGGUAAAUCUAAAAAGAUGAGAAUACAUUCACCUGAUUUUUCUAAUAGCUAUUCGAAUCAUGAUGAUUCUAUUGUUGGAGCAUGUAAUACUUCCUCUGAAUGUGGACUUUCCAACAAUACACCCACCAAUUUCUCAAAUUCUAUUCAACAAGAUGAGGCUAAUCUAUUAGAAACUUUCCAAACUAACUCUUUCACCUCUUUCCAUAACGUUUCUUCAACAACAAAACUAAACCUAACGAAACAACAUGCCCCAAUACCUCCAAUUCACCCACAAGAACAACAUUUCCACACAAAGCACCAUCUUCAAUAA